AUGGCGACGUGUACAUCGCGUUCGCCGAAAGUCCCUCGCCCUCCCAACUUUGAAGAUUGUUGCAGGAAGUGUGGUAAGAAUCUUCGCGUGCAUGGGCAGCUGAAGGGUUACAGAAAGAUUUUCGACCCGCCGGAUCCGAAUUCAAAAGAGGCAGACAAAAGGCUCAUCUCUGACCGGCUUGCUGCUGUUGGCAUCGUUUUGCAGAGAAGGAAAGAUGUCUCCGAGAGGUUGUGCCAGCUGUGCAAAAGAGAUUUGGCGCGCAUGGAAGAAGGCCUCAAAACUUUUCAAAAGUGGAAAGAUCUGGUUGAGCGGGAGAAAGAGACGCAGCCAACGCGCACGGAUCCCCAGCAAACACCGCCGAGAAACGUGCAAAAGCGGAUGAGAGAGCCGACCCCCUCUAAAACUCCGAGGGCUGUGAAGAAAAGGCUGGGAGCGACCUCCAAGGCACCGCCAAAAGCGGCUCCUCAAAGAACAAGUGAAACCAAAGUUACUGUGACCUAUCGUUCAAGAGUGGACAGACCUGCCAACAUUGCAUGCAAAGACCCGGUAAUUGCAAGCAUCGUGGAAAACAUCGCAAGGGGCGAAUUCAAGACAGCAGCACGGGUCAUGUUCACAUGUGAGGAGUUAGCAGAACAGAUAAAGGCGCAGUCACUCAACCUUUUGGAACAGGAGUGCGCAAACCUAACAGCCAUCAAGAGCAACUUCAUUCUAAGAAAAACCAGUGCACAGGACCUUGUAAACUUCUCACUCAACACAUUCCAGUCAGAUCUGAAACGAUUAUCACCUUUCUUUCACUCCAUCCUCAGUACAGUAACCGAAGACUCCAGAAACCACAUAUGUGCCAGCGCUUCAGUCGCCAUACGUGGCCGUAACAACCAGCUUUCUGCCUUUUCACAUUACAUAAACACAGUUCUCCAACAUGGAGGUGCCAAAACAUCAGUCUUCAAACGACUGUGCCAAUUCGGCAUCUCGACAGCACAGGAGAAUGGGCGAUUGAAGCAGAAGGAGUUGGCUAGCACAUGUGGACAUGAUUUACAUGUGAUGAAGGAGAAGUUGGAAGCAUAUGCAGUACAAAAGAUGAAGAAACAUGCUGAAGAUGGGAGCAAGGAGACACAUGCUGAAGACGGGGAGAUGGAGACACAUGCUGAAGACGGGGAGAUGGAGACACAUGCUGAAGACGGGGAGAUGGAGACACAUGCUGAAGACGGGGAGAUGGAGACACAUGCUGAAGACGGGGAGAUGGAGACACAUGCUGAAGACGGGGAGAUGGAGACACAUGCUGAAGAUGGGAGCAAGGAAACACAUACUGAAGAUGGGAAGGUGGAAACACAUGCUGAAGAUGGGAAGGUGGAAACACAUGCUGAAGAUGGGAAGAUGGAGACACAUGCUGAAGAUGGGAGCAAGGAAACACAUACUGAAGAUGGGAAGGUGGAAACACAUGCUGAAGAUGGGAAGGUGGAAACACAUGCUGAAGAUGGGAAGAUGGAGACACAUGCUGAAGAUGGGAGCAAGGAAACACAUACUGAAGAUGGGAAGGUGGAAACACAUGCUGAAGAUGGGAAGAUGGAGACACAUGCUGAAGAUGGGAGCAAGGAGACACAUGCUGAUGAUGGGAAGAUGCACAACUUUACUAUAACAACAGAAGAUUUCAGUGAUCUUGCAGUUGGCUUCCUGGUCGCUCCAAUUGAACCUGAAUGCCCUCCCCCAUCCAUUCCACCAUCCUCUCCACCAUCCCGCCCACCAUCGCCCCCACCGCCACCAAAGUACAGUGUCCAAGUUGACAACUUGGACUUCUAUAAACCAACACAUCACCAAUCAGAAACAAAAGGCAACGAAUCUAUUCACUGGACACACCAUAUUGGUAUACAAGACCGUGUCCCAACAGAUCAUCUUCCAAACAACGCCCCGAUCAAACCACUUCCGCUGUUUCAGAUCGGAGACUGCCUUCCCACCCCGGAGAUUGAAGCUCAUCUUCGUAAUGAGUUAAUUAUCAUUGGGAGCCGUAUGGUGACAACACACAUACCCGCCCUAAAACCAUUCGCACCUGCAGUUAUCCAUCACAUUCCUCACCAAUAUUCUGAGACAAUGUCACAGCCAUCAACUGAGGUGAGCCACAUAAAGUAUAAGUGGAAUUUGGCAUUUCCACUUGGGCUGCUUUUCAAGAAUGAGAGCGUUACUUCAGACCUUGUGGACAUCCUACAGCACAUACAGACAGAGUAUGUCCCACGAACACCAGAUGGCAUGCAGAGCAUCUUCAUGGGGGGCGACAGGUUAACGGAAGGCAACAGCAGAUCUGUGCAGUGGGCGUUUGGGGAUGGAGAGAACCCUGAAGACAGGCUGGAGGGGCUGAUUGCCAAGUUUGACGACUGGCAUGCGCGCAGGGUUCUCUACGGGAUACACUUCAAAGCCUUUGGCAGUGAGAGGUCGGGACGGGACCAUGGCACUUUAUUCGCCAACAUGAAUAGAGUGAAGUGUAGCAAUGCCAAAAAGGGCCCUCACAAUGCCUUCAAUGCCUACCAAGAGUUUGUCCGGAAAGACACGACUGCCCUCUUCAUUGCGGCGGCGAUGAAGGUGUUCAAAAUGGAGAAUGUGGAAGAUGUGCCCAAGGACUUACCACCGGACCUGAUCACUAAGGACAAGCUGGAGCAGCGACGCUGGCUCAACGACAAAGUCGGCCAGGUGGUAGAUGAGUUCGUCAUCAACACUGACAUGACCAACAUGAUGGACAUCUACCAUGGCGUGAGUCAGGCAGCGCAGCCUCGGCAGAUCGAGGAGUUAAGCUGCAGGGAGCCUGAGUGUGAGCGCACAUUCGUCUACCCCAAAGCCAGGCUGAAUCAUGAACGCAAAGUGCAUGGGUUAGACUUCGGUGAGCCCAUCCAAGAGGAAGAGUCCACCGCUAAGCCUUCUCCUUCUGCUCGUGAUCACAAGAAAGAGCACACCGAGGCAAGGCUUAGCUUUGGGCUCUUCCUCGAGGACAUGCAUGAUGCCGUCAAGGAAGGGGACGGUGAGAGGAUGAUCCGACUUUAUAGAAUAGCGUUGAUGUUCUACAGAGCAUAUGGCCACACACAAUAUGCAUAUAGCACCUUGCUUCUGCUGGUACAGGUCAAUGCCGUGCUGUCACCAGCAGAAGCACACGGCUUAAAGUGGAACCGAUUCUUCAAUGGGAAGGGGGGGAAAGGAAGAAACAUCUCAUGCGACUUGCAUUUGGAGCAUUGUAACAACGAUCUCAAGAAGUUCUUGAAGGGUAUGGGUGCAAACCUCACAGAGGCCAGUGCAUACAGGGUGAGUAGGUCUCUGGGGCCCCUGAGAAAGAUUCUGGCCAAUGCCGACAGAGAGUUGAGAGUUGCUAGACCCUCUGGCUACCACCACAGUGCCUCAGAAACCCCAGAUAUUCUGACACUGGUGGAAGUCAUCAGGGAGGCAGACCUCUUCAACUUCUCUGCCGGCAGGGCAUUUGUUGCUUUCCCAAACUUCGACCGAAAUCUUCUAGGCCGCAUCAAGUAUGACAACAUGUGGGAGUGGAUCAAGGCCAAAUUGAAGCUUUGGAACAGAAAAUACCCCUAAGUGUGGGCAAACAGUCCCUACACCCAUGUGUGUUGAAAAGACG